GAGAUCACUGGCAAAUUCCCUGGCUACUUAUCUCCAUCCGCCGGUUUGAAGUUUGCCGACGUGCCUAAUGGUUUGGCUGCCAUCUCAAAGGUCCCAGCCGCAGGAUGGGCUCAGAUCUUGGCCUACAUGGCUUUCUGCGAGGUCUCCCAGGAACAGACCCCAGGAAGCGCUGCGUAUGCUGGAGACUUUGGAUUCAAGGUGUUGACUGCUUCUGACCCGGCUGAGAAAACCAAAAAACUUAAUGCCGAAAUCGCUAACGGAAGACUUGCGAUGAUGGCCAUCAUCGGCAUGUUUUUCCAGGAUGGUCUGACCGGAAGCGCCUGGGGAGACUGGGCCAACUACACAGCAUCUCCUUUGCGCGCAUUCGAGAAUGAACUCGGCGUGCAGGCGCCCGUGGGUUUCUGGGAUCCCGCCGGCUUUACCGCCGACGGAAGCGUGGAGGACUUCAAGCGACGUCGCGCCACCGAGAUCAAGCAUGGUCGCAUUUCGAUGUUGGCCACCAUGGGAUACAUCACCCCA